GAGGGAGAGGGGGGUGCUUGUCGCGAUCCCUUCAAGUUUGGGUUUUUAACCUGCUUCCCUCAUCCUUUCUCCUCUCCCGUUUUCAAUCAUCUUCCCCGGAUUUUUACAUACUUUUGCAGUAUAAGAGAGAAAUCAGAGACCCAUUUCUGGUUUUCGAGGUUCAUGUUUAGUUUGAAGCAAAAAAGAUUCAAUUUUUAUGUCUGGGUAAUCUUAUAAUGAGAAAGUUUAUGCGCUUUCCCGAGCUUCUGGGAGCAAAAUUUGGAUUGUCUAAUCUGUAAAAGUCAAUUAUGAUGGGGUGUAGAAUUUUCAUUUGAACUCUGGAGGAUGAGAAAAGCUUCACAGUGAAGAUGAAUAUUGCAUCUAUGGAAAAACACCUUUGCUGCAAUUAAUGGAGAAGUUGUGACCAAGAAUGGAUCCUCAGUCUUUCAUCAGGUUAUCAAUAGGAUCAUUGGGACUGAGAAUCCCCAAACUGCCCUCAAACACUCCGGAAUCUCGUCCUUGCUCUUGUGAGAUCCGUCUUCGAGGCUUCCCCGUGCAGACAACGUCAGUUCCCUUUUUACCCUCACCCGAAGCAACCCCGGAUCCUAACAGCAUAGCCUCCAGCUUCUAUCUGGAGGACUCUGAUGUAAAAUCACUCCUCCAACCGGGCUGUUUCCACACGAACCACGCCUGCCUGGAGAUAGUUGUCUUUACAGGACACAAAGGUACCCAUUGUGGGGUUGCCAUUAAGAGGCAGCAAGUUGGUACAUUUAGGUUGGAAGUGGGCCCCGAGUGGAGUAAAGGGAAACCUGCCCUUCUCUUCAAUGGCUGGAUUGGGAUUGGCAAGAACAAGCCGGGCGCUGGUGGCAAACCUGGGGUCGAGCUUCAUCUACGGGUGAAGCUUGACCCCGAUCCCAGAUAUGUUUUCCAGUUUGAGGAAAAGACUAAACUUAGCCCUCAGAUUGUUCAGCUUCAAGGAACCAUCAAACAACCAAUUUUCAGCUGCAAGUUCAGUCAAGAUAGGGUCCCACAGGUGGAUCCAUUGAGCAACUUUUCAUCAGGCUUUCCCCAUGGCUCAAACCUUGAAAUGGAAAGAAGGGAGAGGAAAGGCUGGAAGGUGAAGAUACAUGACCUCUCCGGCUCCGCCGUAGCCGCCGCCUUCAUAACAACUCCCUUCGUGCCGUCAACGGGCCGGGACUGGGUCGACCGGUCCAAUCCCGGAGCCUGGUUGAUCGUACGGCCCGACCCGUUCACGCCCGACAGUUGGCAACCGUGGGGGAAACUCGAGGCGUGGCGGGAACGCGGCGGGAUCAAAGAUUCCGUCUGCUGCCGCUUCCACCUCGUCUCCGAGGAAGGAGGCGGCGGCGGCAGCGGGGCUCUCCUCAUGUCGGAGAUACUCGUCGGCGCCGAGAAGGGCAUGGAAUUUUGCAUAGACACCGAGAAACGGGUUCCGGAAGCGGUCGGCGGCGGCGGCGAAAUGUCAGUUCCCGGCAGUUUCGUGAUGAGGUGUAGGGUGCAACCGGAGGGGAAGUGCCGGAAGCUUCUGGUGCAGCUGGCGAUGCGGCACGUGACUUGCGUGGAGGACGCCGCCAUCUUCAUGGCACUCGCGGCGGCCGUUGAUCUCAGCGUGGAGGCAUGCAGGCCGUUCCGCGGCCGGAGGCUCGUGAGGGGCCCGCGCCGGCAUUCAUGGUGACAUAUGCCUUCUUGUUGAAGUAGCACACUUUGAGUGUUCAUCUGUUUCUAUCAGCUGGCGAAUAGAGGCACUGAUCUGAUAUCUGUAUUAUCUUUGAUGGUUGUAAUAACUACUGUGUCCUCAUGUAUAGAAACAGCAGUUUGGUUUUUGUUGGUGAAAUCCAUUUGCAAUGUUACAUUAUUGUAACGUGAGGGAGUAAAUUACGGUAUAAUCU